AUGGUAGCCCCGGAAGAAAAGCGACGCAGAAUCGAACCUGAGAAACGCAAACAUGUUGCACGAUCGAGGAUCUUCCAGCCCUUCCGUGCACUCGGCUACAUUACCAACGAUGUCCCAUUCGUCGUCGAAACACGAGGUCAAGAGUUUUUCCUCACCACCAGCGUCGGCCACAACUUUCAAACGUACAAUAUGAACAAGAUGCAGUUGCUCUUUGUCAGUCCUCAAACAUCGGGUCGUAUUACAGCCAUGACAGCUGCAGGAGGUAUCACCUAUGUCGCUCAUGGUAGCACUGUUAGCGGAUUCAAACGAGGCAAACCUUUUAUGAGUGUGGGUGAAGAUCAAGGUGAUUACGAGAUUAUCCAGAUUCUUGUCCUUGGUCAGCAUGUGGCUACACUUUGCGAUGACAACGUACUCCGAAUGUGGGAUUUGACAUCAGGAGAUUUAUACACUGCCAUUGAGUUUGGUGACGCAUUCACAGCAACAAAGAUGAUCCAUCCCAGCACAUAUCUCAACAAGAUCUUAGUCGCCAGUGCUCAAGGCACCAUGCAGAUUUGGAACGUACGUGUCAGCAAAAUGAUUUAUCAGUUCAAAUCGUUUGGAUCCGCCAUUACAUGCUUGGAACAAUCACCAGUGGUGGAUGUGGUCGCAAUUGGUUUAUUGGAUGGCAGCAUUGUUCUCUACAACAUUCGAAUGGAUGAAAGAAUUGAUACCGUUUAUCAAUCGGAUCGUGUCACGGCUAUCUCAUUUAGAACUGAUGAGGAACAAAUGAUGGCUACUGCCAACAUGCAUGGUGAUGUUGCUUUAUGGGAUCUUGCCAACCGGAAACUAGCACACGACAUGAAGGGCGCUCACUCUGGAUUGGUGUCCUCGAUCGCAUUCUUGAAUAAUCAGCCAAUCUUAGUUACUGCUGGUGCCGACAAUGCUGUCACACAAUGGAUCUUUGAAAAGCACAAUGCAGUUCCAUUACCAUUGAAGGGUCGUAGCGGCCAUUAUGCACCACCAUCCAAAAUCAGAUAUUAUGGCUCGGACGGCAAGGUGAUUGUCUCAGCGGGUCGAGAUCAGGCACUUCGAUGGUUCUCUACUGUUCGUGAUGCACAAAGUGUGGAGAUGUCACAAGGCCAUAUCGCAAAGAAAGCAAAGGACAAAGGUGUAUCUUUGGAGUCGCUGAAAUUACCCAUCAUCACAGACAUGGCACUUGAUGUUGCCAAAGAAAAGGAAUGGGCCAAUGUAUUGACAUGUCACCUGAACGAUUCGGCUGCACGUACUUGGUCUACGAAAUCGAAAGCCUUGGCUGAUCAUGCAUUAUUAAGCUCUGAUAAAAGUUCCAUCAAGGCUGUAAAUAUCAGUGCAUGCGGCAAUUUUGGCAUCAUUGGUUGUGCUUCGGGACAAAUUGAAAUGUUCAACUUGCAAUCAGGCUUACAUCGAAGGACGUUUUCUGGACCUGAAGGACACAAAAAGGCGGUGACAAGCCUUGCAAGUGACUCCACCAAUCGUUAUUUGAUCAGUGUAUCAGUGGACAGAAACAUCAAGAUUUGGAAUUUCCAAAACGGCAAAGUCUUGCACACAAUCGCUAUGGAAUCACCCAUCGUUGGCAUGCAAUUCCACCGCGACAACAACCUGAUGGCUGUAGCAUGUGAUGAUCUUGGUAUUCGGGUGAUUGAUAUCGAGACACAAAAGGUGGUGCGUGAAUUCUGGGGUCACCGUAACCGGAUAACAGACUUUGCAUUCAGUCCCGAUGGUCGAUGGAUCAUUUCCGCAUCACUUGAUGCCACUGUGCGUACUUGGGACCUCCCAUCCAGUACCAUGGUUGAUAUCUUCAAGGUGGAAGAUGUGGUGUCAAGCUUAACCUUUUCUCCCACUGGUGACUUUUUGGCUACAGCUCAUGUUGAUAAUGUUGGCGUAUUCUUAUGGGCCAACCGCACACAAUUCGCCAAUGUCUCUCUACACAGCAUAACGGAUGACGAUGCGGCCGAAGUAUUGGCAUUACCAGCAUUAGAAGGCUAUGGUGAUGAAGAUAUCGAUGAAGAGGACUUGGAACCACCAGCUACACUGAAUGAAGAUUUCUCAACUGUUGAGCAGUUGGCUGAUGAUAUGAUCACAAUGUCGCUUGAACCUCGUGCCAAAUGGCAUAAUCUCUUGAACCUGGAUACCAUCAAGCAACGAAACAAGCCAAAAGAGGCUCCAAAAGCACCUGAACAAGCACCCUUCUUCCUACCAACGUUGCCAGGCGCAAAAGCACAAUUUGAUCUUUCGGAUAAAAUGGACAAUGAUGAUCAAAGCAAGACUUCCUCACGCCGUGUCCACCUUGGAGAACUUGAUGUACGAACCAAAUUUGCAAGAUACUUGGAAGCGGGCCAUGAAAAGAGUGAUUUUGCUGAAUGGGUCGCCUAUACAAAGUCCCUUAGUCCUUCUGCCCUGGAUGUUGAGAUUCGCACUAUGCCUGUUGAAAAUGACCUCUUUUAUCUCAAUGCUUACGUUGAAGCCAUUGUCUUUAUGUUGCGAUCGCGCAAGAACUUUGAAAUGGCCCAAGCAUGGCUUAAUGCAUUCCUGAAUAUCCAUGGCGAUUUAAUUAUUGCAAAUCCUGAAAACGCCAUCCACAAAAAGUUAAAGGAAACCUUGAAUGUCCAAACGGAUGAGUUCAAUCGUCUCUCGGCACAAAUCCAUUACGGCCUAUGUCUCAUUGAUUUCGCACGCAAAUAG